GAUAGGAACAUAUUUCAUGCGCAAUUCAGUGUGAAAAAGUGUAUUGUGUCAUGUAAAUUCCACUAUUACGCGCACUCAGUUUUUGUUAGACGAUUAUCUUUACACCUCGAUCGAGAUACUACUGCAAUCGACCUGACCAUUGCUGAAACAAAUGAAAUUCGCACUACGAUCAUCGAGAAUAGUCAUUUCGGGUUUGCGUUGUUAUCAACGAAGCUUCUCGGUACAGAAGGACGAUGAUAAGCAGGAAGUUGGAGAAAACAACUCGAAGGAAGCUCCAGUUGACGAUCUGGCAGAACCAACAAACUGUUGUAUGUCAGGAUGCGCGAACUGUGUGUGGAUUCAAUACGCAGAACGAUUGAGCAGCACAAUCGACAGCACGUCAGAUGUAAACUUGCAGACAGCUAUUUUGGAACGAGUGCAAGACCCCAAUAUGAAGGCAUUUCUUAUGAUGGAACUGCGUUGCCGGAAGUUGAUAAAGUAGCGUUCUAUAAUAUUUCAUAACCAAAUGUGCAAGUAUAUAAAAUUAAUUAUAUACCAUUGUCGGGAAAUUUAAAAACUCGGCAAAAAAA